GAAGAUGAUGAUGAAGACGCGGCUCUGACUGAACGCGACACUCGCUCGGGAUCAUGGGCUCGUCUCUCAGUGAACCCUGCAUCUACGAUAAGCUGUCGGAGAGCAUCGAGAUCCUGCGGCAGUCCGGAUAUCGCUACGGGAUGUCCGAGAGAGAGAUCGAGAAGUUCAUCAAACAGGUUCUGGAGACGAACGAGCCCCGCCGGGAGCCGCCGCAGUUCCCCGUGCUGAGGGCCGCCGUCAAGUUUGUGGUGGCGGUGGGUGUCCUGCUGGUGGCAGUGCUGGUGUUCUCGUCUUCUCUGGGCUCUCUGAGCACCACGGGACACAACAGCUCAUCUCCUCUCAGUCACGUGCGUCUGCUGUCGCUGCCCAUCGCCAAGAAAUACAACCUACAAGGUUUUCACCAGCGGUGGGCGGCCGGCUCCCUGCAGACAGCUCCGGUGAACUGCUCCGCCUGCGCAGACGUGACGGAGGUGCUGAAACUCACUGAUGGACUGAGAGCGUCUGCAGGGAAACUCAGACAGACGCAGCCGCUGCUGCUCAAGGGUGGAGCGUCUCUGUCUCGCCGUGUGUCUCAGCUGGAGCAGUUCUCCUCGUCUGACUCGCUCUCACCGACUCCUGCCAACUUCACUCUGCUCUGGAGUUUUUCAUCCAGUCCCAGAGAGACGGUUCUCCGGUGGUUGUUUCCUGACGCUGAGCUCUGCCCCCUGCUGGACAACACGGGCACCACACUGCAGCGCUGCCAGCUGGGCACCGGCACCGACCCGCACCACACGAGAGUGCAGGUGUUGGGUUGGCUGGUGGUCGCUGACGGUUCUCCAGCUGUUCGUGUUCUUCCCGUCCAGCGAUGCCAAAACCACUGCCGCUCCUUCAGCCUGUGGCUGGAGCCGGGAGAUAUGGUGUUCGCCGACCCGCGCUACUGGCUGAUGGAGCUGCUUCCGUCCGGAGCGCAGAGCGUGCGGUGUGACGGUCCGGUGCUCUGAGACCAUGUGACUGUGUCGGACACGCUCCUGAGAGGCUCCAGAGCUUCUCUUCACCCUGAGGCCAUCAGCGCUGAGGAGAACGCCGGUUUCAGACCGCUCAGAGUUCAGACGCUGCUCCGGUCCAGACGUCGGAUAUCAGGACGCCACCUGACCCUCGGAUUGUGUUGAGGAAAUGACAUCAGUUUAGGUCUUUAUUUCUCUUCAUUUAGUGGUAUUUCAGUUCCAGUGAUGUUUUCUGACGCCGUCCGUCUGGAUGAACCUCACGGCGGUCAGGAACAUGUUCGCUCAUAUUUCAUUUUGUUUUGUUUAAAGAAAAUCAAGCCAAUUUUAGGACUUUUUGACAUUAUUUUCAUGACGAUUGACACUUUUUAUCCUCAAAUUACUGAGAUGCAAAAUAAAAAAAAAAAAAAUUCUCAUUACCGUAAUGCAAACAUAAUGUAUUAAGUAUUUUUACAUCAUGGUAAUAUUUGUUGUACUGAAUUUAAUUGAUUUUAAAAAAUUACAAUAUUUUUUUCAUAUUAGGGUAAUGAGAAUAUUUUUCCAUAAUAUCGUUAAUACAAUUUUUUUCAUGACGGUAAUGAGAACGAGAAUUUUUUUGUUGGGUGUAUUACGGUAAUGAGCACAAGAUUUUUUUUUUGAUGAGAAUAUUGUUCCGUAUGACAUAGUUUUCUUGUAUGACGGUAAUGAGAAUGAGUAUAUAUUUUUCAUUAUGGUAAUGAGAACGAGAAUAUUUUUUUCUGUAUUAUGAUGCAAACGAUCUUUUUUGUGCAUUACGGUGAUGAGAAUGAGAAUAUUUGUGUAUUGUUGUGGUAAUAAAAAUGAGAAUAUUUUUCAGUAUUGUAGUGUAAGUGAUGAGGAGAAUAUAUUUUUUGUUACGGUAAUGAAAACAAAUAUUUUUGCAUUACAGUAAUGUGAAUUUGUGGAAACAGUGUUUUAUUGUCAUGAAAAUAACGUCACGAUGCAGAUUCUGAACUCUCUCUGAAGCCUCUGCAGAUCAGCCAAUCAAAGCACUUUAAAUGUUUGUCAUCAUCUGAUGUCACAUCCUGAUGGCGCUCUCGUAGAGUGUUGCGUCUGACACGCCGCUGUUGUUGGGUGGAGUCGUUGCCGCUCCACCAAUCAGAGAUGACUGAAUGUGAUGACAUCAUCACAGCGCGUGUCGAUGGUUCAUCGUAGCUGAUGUUUUUUGUCCUCCAGAGUUUAAUCAUUGUAAAUAAUGAGAAUAAGAUGAAGAGUAUGUGAUUUACUAAUAUGAUUCAGAGAUUUAUGUUGAUUGUGAUUUUAAUGCAGGAUUUACACAGUAAACAAAAGCUGCUGUUCGUAA